UCCUCUGCCUGCAUCGCAUGUCUUCCCUUCUUACCGCUCUCUCUUUGCUUUCCCUUGGAGCUUAUUGUUUGAUGAGAGGCAAUCGAGUGUGUCAUUUCAUCUCUCCGCACAUGAUCCUAGUCACCUCUUCGUGAUUUUGCACAUUUCUUGCUGCAUUCCAUGAAUGUGCGUGUUCGAUGCAUGCUAGGGUGUUCACAUGUAGGAGUGAAUACAGGACGGGGAAGCUCCUCCAUUGUCAUCGUGGGACCGUGGUGCCACACCCACACGUCAAUGCAUACUCGUUCCGUUGCAGUGAUUCUGCGGUGUGAGUAUUAGUGGAGCACGUUCGCAGGUACAAACGCCCAAUGUUUGAGUGACUCUCUAUAGAGGUUUUCCGUCUCGAACCCGCUUACCAUAAUCUUGAGUAGAUGUGCAUCUACGCUUUAGCUUUCUGCCCCUGUGAUGCGUAGGCACAUCCCUGUAUCACAUCGAUACCAGACAUACUCCAUCUACCACCUGUGAUGUCUACUCCACCGAGCAAUCUUCAACAAACUGACAUAAUGCAGGAGCAAGUCAGAGAAGAGAGUGGAGGAAGGAAGACCGGCUGGUCGGCCAGACUGCGGCGUUACCGAGUACUUCUGUUGGGAGUGACGGCCUUGGUGAUCAUAGGUAUCACUGCUGUCCUCUUCGUCGUAUCUACAAGGACUGGUAAAACUGAACCAAGGAAUAGGAGCCUGUCUCAAAAGCUUCAACAACUCGAGUUUGACGACUUUCUCCAGAAUAAAUUUGGCGCACCUCCGUUUUCCGCCAAUGGUACCUGGCUUUCAGACCGUCUUAUAUUGGUCUUCCAAAACGAUAUCUAUUACUUGCCUGAUCCAAGGGGUAAUCGGGAAUUUCAAAUCACUGCUGAUGGAAGACCGGAUAUCUUCUUCAACGGCAUCGCAGACUGGGUCUACGAAGGUACUGGAUUCGAGGAAGUUCUCGGUGACUCGAGUGCGGUGAAGUGGUCAAAAGACAGCAAGAAGUUGGCCUUCAUUUCCUUCAAUGACACAAACGUCCCUCUCAUGGAAUACCCCAUUUAUCGACCUUACAGUGUUCAUAACCAGUAUCCUAUCAUUUUCAAGCUUCAUUAUCCAAAGGUAAUUAUAAAAAAAACUUUCUCCUGGGUGUGUGGACUGGACAAUGUUUCCCAUCAUGGGACAGAGAAUCCCGACGUGAAAGUUUGGGUAGUUGACCUGGAAGCGUUGGAAUCGAAUCCGCCUGCAGCUUUCAAGUUUCCCAUCCUUCCUCCUCCCGUUUUCCAGGAUCAUCGAAUACAGAAUGUCCCCAACCCUGGGAUAACUUCGCGUUCGUUAUCAGGAACCCUCCUCUCGCGUAGGGAGCAUUACGUGACAGGGAUGUCUUGGUCAGGAGAUUCUCAUUUGGCCGUCAAUUGGCUGAAUCGACAUCAAAAUCAUAGCGUUACAAGUCUGUGCUCCGAGACCAAGGACGGCACCCGAAAUUGGUACUCCUGCCGCGUCGACCUUGACUUGAACAAUACGGAAGGAUGGUUCGAGAUCCCAACGCCCAAAUUCUCUUCCUCCCCCAUAUCUUCAGAUUACCUCAUCAUACUUCCCCAUGAAGGCUGGAAGAAGCUCUUUAAGGUCUCUUUUUCUUCACUUUCUCAACCUCUCACCCCGACAGGAUUCGAGGUCACUGAGGUCUACAAGUGGGAUUUGGAGAAGGAUCGCAUAUUCAUCCAAGGCGUAUAUAGGAAUGCGUCGUCGAAAAGAGGCGUAUUUCAGAUAGAAGUGGGGAAAAUGACCUGCUUGUCGUGCGCCUCAUCCCCUGGCGAAGACUGUUCCUAUGCUUCGGCCUUCUUCAGUCGGAAUGCCUCCUAUUAUGCACUUCAGUGUGCGACUCCGACGACCGUAGCUAAUCAGGUGACCAUUAAGGAGACAGAAAGCGGUGAGGCGGUGAGGGAAUGGCUUUCCAAUGAUCAACUCGUGAAAGAACUAAAUACGAAGGCCCUCCCUGUUGAGAAAAACUUGGAAGUUGAAGUGGCUUCAGGGUUCACGGCUCAAGUUCGCCUAUUUCUCCCUCCUGAUCUCGACGAAGCUGGUUCUACCAAAUAUCCCAUGAUCGUUUAUACGUAUGGAGGUCCCAAUUCCAAGCAGAUCACGGACGGAUGGAGAGGGGUGGAUUGGGGAACUUACCUCUCGGGGACACAGGGGAUCAUACAUGCCAUGAUCGAUGGAAGAGGAUCCGGAUACCGUGGUGAACAACUCCUCUAUCAACUCUAUCGUCGCCUCGGCUCUGUCGAAGUGGAGGAUCAGAUCAAUGUUACCAGGACCUUGGUUCGAGAUCUGAGAUACAUUGACGGGUCUCGAGUGGGAAUCUGGGGUUGGAGUUAUGGCGGCUUCACGGCUGCCAUGGCUUUGGCCACUGAUACCGAACAUUCCUUCAAGUGCGCCAUUUCUGUAGCUCCUGUCACCUCUUGGCUCUAUUAUGGUAUUCAGCUCUUCUCAUUCUCUACUGUUUAUCGUUAUCGUUAUCGCAAUUCCAUAUACACCGAGAGAUAUAUGGGGCUGCCGACUCCCGAGGACAACCUGGCAGCCUACGAAUCUGGGACCAUGCUCACUCCUAGCAAACUGGAGAAUUUUCGAAACAAGUCCUUCUACUUGAUUCAUGGGAAUGCAGACGACAACGUCCAUUAUCAGCAGUCGAUGUUGUUGUCAAAGGAGCUUGAGCUGAGAGACAUUCUUUUCAGGCAGCAGGUAAGAAAGGGGGAGGGGGAUUAACCGGCCCUUGGCGGCGACGCGAACAGUAGAGACUAUCCAAGUCGUGGUUGUAGGUCUAGCCUGAAUUCUCACUUGCAGCCCUCGAAGGAAAUCAGGAAGACCGUAUGAAUGAGGAUUUAUGUCGCUGUACCCAGCGCAAGGUUCAAGCAUUCAAAUUGAGAGGUGUGAAGAUGGGCUUGAGCCAGUAUUAACACCCAGAGUCGAGGCCGAGCCUCAUCCCCAGUCCAACAUGGCUCAAUCACUCAAUGAUAAAUAUUUUUCUUGGGAGUGUGUCAAUCUACCGCCUAGCUACUUACAGUUAUAUUGCUGUUCUUGUUUGCACAUGAGGCACCUCAUCUCCUCUUAACCCUCUGUACCGAAUAUCGAAGUUUCCUGGUUAUUUUUUUUUCCCUUUGAAUUCCUUCGGUUCGGCCACUGCUUUCUGUAUCAACGGAAGAUGGCAGCAUUGUUGAGAAAUCGAAGUGUGGGGUGUGUUGCAGCUCUACAACAUUGGGUGAAGGCAAAAAUACGAGUAAAGCCUCCAUGUAGCGUGAUAAGGACGUUCCACGUUGUUGCAGAUCCGCUGCUC